UUAAAAAUCGAUAAUGCAAAUUAUUUGCUUAUCAAGAGUUGUGCCCACAUAAACUUACCCUAACCAUUUUAAUCCCAAACUGCUGGUAAGAAGCGAGCAGCGAUUAAAAAUGAUAUAAAAUGAUACAACGAAGUUGAUGGAUUCAGUUGAUUGCCAAACUCCAGAAGAUGAGCUUUAAAUUCUAAAUUUUUGGUUGAGAUUUACGAAAAUAUUUGAACAAUAAAAUGACUUCAUUCCGCUUCACAUUUGUGUGGCUAACAGUUUUGCUUUCAUUCCUCAUUAGUCGUGGUUAUGGCGAUGACAGUCCUGGAUUUUUCUUAAAAACCAUUUCAAAGAAUAUACCACGCUUAGGACGACGGUCAGAUAAAGAAUUUGAGAGUUCCUUUUUUAAGAAUAUGAAAAGUAUUCCACGUAUAGGUCGUGCCGCAACAACAACAAGCAAAAGUGACUUAAACGAUCUCAUUGCUUGGUUCAGUAAUGAUUUGCCAAUUCUUAAUAAACGUAUGCUGUUAAAUCCAGCAGCUGUGGCGGCUGCAGACCGGGAGUACAGUGUGGUGCAACCGGUCAAUUCGAAUACUUUGAUUGAACUAAUUGACAAGGAUGCAAUACCUAGCGAUAACGUGAAAUUUGUACACUGGAAGGAUUUCGAUCGUGCCUUACAAUUUGACAUGGAUCUGUAUGAGAAGGUUUUCUCAUUGGGUCGUCGGCCAGAUCAGCGUCUGAAGCAAGAUUUAAGUAUUGGCAGUUAUAUUCCUCUAUUGAGCAAUACUAAUAACGUCAACGAUGACUACAUGCUGUACAAUCGAGGUGGCAGUGGUGUUUUUGAUCGCGAUAUUUUGCGUUAUAAUCAUUUAAAGUAG